AACCCACACACUUAGUUCAAGAAAAUAGAAUCCAUUGCUACACUUUCGCCUCCUGCUUUAUUGUGGUCUGUAUGAAAACACCGAAAAUUAAAGUACUAACUCCGGAAACUCCUGGCCGGCAACAGAAGCGAGCAGCAUCAUGCCGAGAAGGAAACAACAAGCACCCAAGCGCUCGGCAGCUUAUGUCCCUGAGGAAGAGCUGAAGGCGGCAGAGCUGAACCAGGAUCUUCAGGACAAGGGACUGCCUCCGGGGAGCGAGCAGGAGCAUGGGUUCAUGUGCGCGGAGGAGGAAGAGGGUAAAGAGGCGCCCAGUUACCAGAAUUCGCCCAUCAGCACCCCGAACAACCGCGACCCGGGCUACGGGUCACCCACCAGCGACACCAGCGACCAGCUGGCCGAGCUGCAGAGCACCUCCUCGAGGGACGGGCAGGAGAAAGAGGAGGGGCCGGGCACGGAAAGCACGCAAGCCUCGCGGGACAGCCUGGCGCAGAUGAAGGCUGCUUACUCCAACCUUUUGUGCAGCUCCUACUGGACAAGCCUGGGCCUGGACCUCAAGAACCCCAACCAGCCGAGCACCAGCACCAGCACCAGCAGCAGCGGCAGCAGCAGCCACAACGGUGGCAGCAGCAGCCACAACGGCACCGCCGGCGGCGGCGGGGGUGGGGUGGGCUACGACUGGCACCAGGCCGCCUUGGCCAAAACCCUGCAGCAGACCUCGUACGGAGUGAUGCCUGAGUCCAGUCUGUUCAGCACGGUGCAGUUGUACCGGCAGCACAGCAAGCUUUUCGGCUCUGUCUUCACCGGGGCCAGCAAGUUUCGGUGCAAGGACUGCAGCUCGGCCUACGACACCCUGGUGGACUUGACGGUGCACAUGAACGAGACGGGUCACUACCGCGACGACAACCAGGACAAGGAUGCCAACAACCCCCGCAAGUGGUCCAAGCCCCGGAAGCGCUCCCUCAUGGAGAUGGAGGGCAAGGAGGACGCGCAGAAGGUGUUGAAGUGCAUGUACUGCGGACACUCCUUCGAGUCCCUGCAAGACCUCAGCGUCCACAUGAUCAAAACCAAGCAUUACCAGAAAGUGCCUCUCAAGGAGCCGGUGCCCGCCUUAGCCUCCAAACUGCUGCCCCCCAACAAAAGGAGAGUCCAGCACGACGUCCAGCCCUGCUCGCCGGAGUCUGGGGUGAACCCCUCCGGCACGCCAGGCGGCGAGUCGGCUUCUUCCCAGAAAGCCGCCAAUCCUUACGUGACCCCCAACAACCGCUACGGCUACCAGAACGGUGCCAGCUACACCUGGCAGUUCGAGGCCCGCAAAGCCCAGAUCCUGAAGUGCAUGGAGUGCGGCAGCUCGCACGACACGCUCCAGCAGCUGACCGCCCACAUGAUGGUGACCGGCCACUUCCUGAAGGUCACCAACUCCGCUUCCAAGAAGGGGAAGCAGUUGGUAUUCGAAGCGGCGGGCGAGGAGAAAAUCCAGUCCAUCCCCCUGCCGCCUUCGACCCCCACCAAAAUGGCUGCGCCCACCGCCCUGGCGAAGCCCGAAACCCCCCCCCUGCCACCGCCGCCAGCUGUGGAGCCCAGGAAGGAGUACGAGGACCGGCCAACGGAGGAGAACGGGAAGGAACGGGAAAUCAAGGAGGAGAAAGAUGACCCUGUGGAAAAGUUCGAGUCCACUUCCCAGUAUCAGUAUCUUCGGGAAGAGGACCUGGAUGAAAGCCCUAAAGGCGGCAUUGAUAUCCUGAAGUCUCUGGAGAACACAGUCACCACGGCAAUUAACAAAGCUCAGAAUGGGGCACCUACCUGGGGGGGCUACUCCAGCAUUCAUGCAGCAUAUCAGCUUUCCGGGACCACCCGGCCCUUUCAACCAACAGUGCAGAACGUUCAGUUGACCCCGUUCUACGCCAGUAGCAUGAAGGCCCUGUCUUCGGAACAUCUCGCGGCGGCGGAGCCUUCAGAGUGCCAGUCACCACCGCCUCAAAAGAGCAAUGUCCACGCCAUGGAGGAGCUGGUAGAGAAGGUGACGGGCAAAAUGACCAUUAAGUCGGAGGAAAAGCCGGCGGAGAAAGAGCCAGUGGCCACGCCUGUGACCAGGACAAGCUGCGGCUCAUCGCCUCCCGGCGCUAAGGACCCUCCCAAAGCUGAAGACCCGGACAGUUCGGCACAGCUGAAGAAAGGCGCUGAUGGGGAGGAAGUGAAAGUGAAAAGGGAGAGCAACUCAGACAGCCCUCCUCCAAACGGGACAGAGUGUUUAAGAUCAACUGCCAGCAAUGGCUGUAACAGUAUGGCAGUUAUUACAGACCAUUCGCCAGAGUCACCAUUUGUCAAUCCACUUAGUGCACUGCAGUCGAUUAUGAACACACACUUGGGCAAGGCUGCCAAGCCAUUGAGCCCCAGUCUUGAUCCAUUGGCCAUGCUGUACAAAAUAAGCAACAGUGUGCUAGACAAGCCCAUAUUCCCUGCCGCGCAGGUCAAACAAGCAGAUAUUGUGGAUCGAUACUACUACGAAAACAACGACCAACCCAUAGACUUAACAAAGUCAAAAAGCAGCAAAAAGCUCAUCUCGGCCAUGACUGAAACGAUACUCUCUUCAUCGCGGGAAAAUGCUUUAUUGGACAUCUCUGACAUGGUCAAGAACCUCACGGGCCGGUUGACACCCAAGUCUUCGACCCCGUCGACUGUUUCGGAAAAAUCCGAAGCAGAUGUGAGUAGCUUUGAGGACACCUUAGAGGAUAUCUCUCCUGUCCAGAAGAGGAAGGGCAGACAGUCUAACUGGAACCCUCAACACCUUCUGAUACUCCAAGCCCAGUUCGCAGCCAGCUUACGCGAGUCCUCUGAAGGCAAAUACAUAAUGUCGGACCUAAACCUACAUGAGCGGGUGCACAUUUCAAAGUUUACUGGUCUCUCCAUGACCACGAUAAGCCAUUGGCUGGCCAAUGUAAAGUAUCAAUUGAGAAGGACAGGUGGAACUAAAUUCCUGAAGAACUUAGACACAGGUCACCCCGUUUUCUUCUGUAACGAUUGUGCCUCUCAGUUUAGGACUCCUUCCAGCUACAUAGGCCAUUUGGAAUCUCACUUAGGGUUUUCUAUGAAGGAUCUCUCAAAGUUAUCAAUAGAGCAGAUUCGAGAACAACAGGCAAUUUCAAAGGUCAUACCAAAUAAGACACUGAGUUCAGUUGGGUUGUCAGAGGAGGACAUAAGCUGUACAUUCCAGUGUAAAAUGUGCAACCGAACUUUUGCCAGCAAACAUGCGGUCAAACUGCACCUUAGCAAAACACAUGGCAAAUCUCCAGAGGACCAUCUGUUAUAUGUAACUGAAUUUGAAAAACAAUAGUACCCAGGUAAGGAGAUGUGUAACUACGCAUGUACUGAUAAACACAGAGCAUGACAGAAACACUCCAGGAUGAAUGUAAUGAACAUUUCCUCAUGUCUAGACAGUAUGUACUUACUUGUCAUUAUUUUGCUGUUAACGCUCCCUAACAAAUAAUCUCCAGAGAACUAGGAUCACUAUUGAGUUCAUCGCUACAAUAAUUUCUCUUAUCAUGUAAUAAUCCGGUGUGUUGAUCAGACAGUCUCACAGUUUCAAAUUCAGAAUGUUAUUUUGUUUCAGGUCAGCACAUUUUUAAUUGUAUAUUUGGAAGAAGGAAGUUCAGGGUCUGGACUAGGUAACGAGAGAAAAAAAAAGCACAUUAAUAUCAAAAUGGAAUGGCGUCGUUGCAAUUUGACCUUUUGAACUUUGAACUGGAAGCAAUUACUGUCAACGUAAUUCCAUAAUAACAA